AUGAUUUGUAAACCACCAUUUGGUAGCAGCACAGACAGACGACGAAUUAACGUCCACCCAAGAUGGAUGAAAGAAAUCUUGUCCACUGACAUUGGUCCGGGUUCUUAUGAAUGUAAUGAAUCAUUUACACGGAAAAGAAACACCAUAAACACUUUCAAUUUAAAAAAUAAUAUAUCAGGCUGGAAAAGGGAGUAUGAAGUGCAGCGUAAUGCCACCAUACCGAAUUUAUUCAGUCGAAAUCUAAAACUAUCAAAGGAAUCCCAGCAAAGAAAUCUUGGACCUGGUCGGUAUAACCUACCAAGAGAAAUUCAGACGAAGGGGACCUCAGAAUCCAUAGGACCCAUAAAUACAACUGCGGAUCGCUUUUCGGAACUCAGAGGAAAUGAUACUCCAGGAGUGGGUACUUAUGGAAUGAAAGGUGAUCCAUAUCUUUAUAAAGAAUUAAUGGAUGCGAAACACAAAUCAUGUUGCACAAAAGGCUUAUUAGAAUGUGGUGGGGAUGGAAGUCGUUCUUUACCGUUGACAGGGUGUAAUGUUGCACCAGGUACCUACGAAAUCAAUGGUUCGGUACAGAAACUACUGGAUAAAAAAACCGGGAAACGCGGACCUUAUGAUUUGAUGACUGGACCGAGAAGCUUUACUUAUACUUCUGAAUACCCAGAACCAGGAACCUAUUCAUUAACAUCAUUUACAUCCAAUCUUUUGCGACCAGAAAAAAAGUAUACAGGGAUGUUUCGUAGACUUGUUGUUGAACAAAGAAAAAUGGAUCAGUGCUAUUCUGCUAGGAUGCAAAACGACCUCGUAAAAUCUAAGAUAGGACCAGGAUAUUAUGAUCCCAAAUAUCUAGAUGACAAGGAUAAAAGUUUUAAUCAUCAAGCUCCUCCAUUUUUGUCCAGCGCCUCUCGUAAUUCACACUCAAUAUUUACCAGUAGACAGAGUCCAGUUGGUCCUGGACGUUACAAUUCAGAAAAUUAUGAUCGGUCACGGUGUGUAUGGGGUGCGAUGUGUUCUUUUGACUCUACUUCAUCAGCACGUUUAAGUCUAAAAGAAGCUUCAAAAUUAAGAGAGAGAUUACGUCCACUCAAUGUAACAUUUCAUGAAAAGUCACACAUCAACAACAACAACAGGCCACGUGCUAUUCCACUGAUUGCUUAA